AUGGCUUCAACGACGCCGCUCGUGGUGCUCUGCGGAGACCGCGCGCCUGACGCGCUGGUGCAGACUGCGGCGGCUCUGCAGUCCAGCGGCUCGCGCGUGGCUUCGCUUUGCUCGCCAGCCGUGGAGGCUGCUCUGGUGGCCGCUAAGGUGCCUCAUGUGGCUGUUGCCACGCCCGCGGACGUCCAGCUCAUGCUCUCGGACCGCGUAGAGGCCGUCCUGUCUCUUCCACCCAGCGCAUCGGACGUUGGUGCCGCGGCGCACGCGCGCAUAGCUCAGUGGGUCUCAGGCGCGUAUUCAUUCGUGCGCACCGCCGCCUGGAACCACAAGCAGAUCAGUGUCGUCGUGGACGAAGCUGACUUGGCUAUGGUUCAGAGCAAGAUCUCGCGUGACGGUUCGCUUGCCUUCUCGCCACGUGAACGUCGCGCGUUGGCUGAAAAGGCCUUCGCUCUGUUCGCCGAGCUGGACAAGGCAAUCGCUUCCAGUCUCAGCGGCGACGAGGAGCCGGUACACGACGUCCUCCUGGUCGGCAACGGCGGUCGUGAGCAUGCAAUCGCCUGGAAGUUGGCGCAGUCCGCCUCCACCGGCCACAUCUACGUGGCGCCGGGCAACGCCGGCACGGAGGACGUCGCGGCCGGCAUUUCCAACGUCAACAUCGGCGUGGGCGCGCACGAUGAGCUUAUCGCGUUCGCCAAGAGUAAGGGCGUCACCUUCUGUGUCGUGGGUCCUGAGGCACCUCUGAUCGACGGUCUGGCCGACAAGAUGAACGCUGCCGGCAUCCCGGCGUUCGGCCCGAGCAAAUUGGCCGCUCAACUGGAGGCAUCGAAGGCGUUCUCCAAGGAUUUUAUGCGUCGCAACAACAUUCCUACCGCUGCGUACCAGAACUUCACGGAGUACGAGAAAGCCAAGGAAUAUCUCGACUCCAUCAACCACAACAUCGUCGUCAAGGCUUCAGGUAUUGCUGCCGGCAAAGGUGUUCUCAUCCCGACCAACAAGACUGAAGCCCAUGAAGCUCUACGUGAAGUUAUGUUGGAAAAAGCCUUCGGAUCGGCUGGCGAUGAGGUCGUUCUAGAAGAGUUUAUGACUGGAGAAGAGGUGUCGCUCCUUGCGUUCUGUGACGGCGAGCGUGUGGUGUGCAUGCCUGGCGUACAGGACCAUAAGCGUAUUUCGGACGGCGACCAAGGUCCCAACACGGGCGGUAUGGGUGCAUACGGCCCCGCUCCGUGUCUUACUAGUGAGCUGGAACGCGAGUGUGUGGACGUUGUGGAGCGUGUGAUCGCUGCGAUGAAGAAGGAGGGAAUGCCGUACGUUGGUGUGCUGUACCCGGGCUUCAUGCUCACCCCUACGGGUCCCAAGAUCGUCGAGUUCAACUGCCGUUUCGGUGACCCCGAGACUCAAGUUGUGCUGCCGCUGCUGCACUCUGACCUGUUCGAGAUCAUGCGUGCGUGUGUGGAACACCGUCUGGAGCGUUCGCUUGUGUCGUGGAAGAGUGGAGCUGCAGCUACCAUUGUGAUGGCGUCGCAGGGAUACCCGAACAGCUACCCUAAGGGCAAGAUCAUCACCGGUCUGGAUGAUGCGCAGUCUCUGAAGGACGUCGAUGUAUUCCACGCCGGUACAGCGAACGCAGAUGGCAACAUCGCGACGUCAGGUGGCCGCGUACUUGCUGUUACUGCAGUGGGUCCCUCGCUUCAGGGCGCUUUGGACCGCGCGUACGAAGGAGUCUCGAAGAUCCACUUCGAGGGUGCUCAGUACCGCUCGGAUAUCGGUCUAAAGGGCUUGUUGCACGGCGCUAAGAAGCUCAAACUGGCUGUGUUGGGCUCGACUCGUGGCAGCAGCAUGCAGCCGAUCAUUGAUGCUAUUGAAGCAGGCGAACUGAACGCCAGUAUUGACAUCGUGGUGAGUGACAAGGCUGCUGCGGGCAUCCUGGAGCGCGCCAAGACGCACAAUAUCGAGUCGGUGGCUCUGUCGGCCAAGAAUUUGUCACGUGCUGACUUCGACGCUCAAGUGUCUGACGUGCUGAAGAAGAAGAACGUGGAUCUCGUGCUGCUUAUCGGAUACAUGCGCAUUAUGUCGGGCGAGUUCUGCAAGGAGUGGGAGAACAAGGUACUGAACGUGCACCCGUCGCUGCUGCCCGACUUCGCUGGUGGCAUGGAUCUCGCUGUGCAUCGUGCUGUGCUGGAAGCCAAGAAGACCGAGAGUGGCUGCACUGUCCACUUCGUUACCGAGGAGGUGGACGCUGGUCCCAUCGCUGUGCAGAUGAAGUGUCCCGUGCUGGAGAACGACACUCCGGAGUCGCUCAAGGCGCGUGUGCAGCCCCUGGAAGGUGCUGCCUUCCUGCACGCCAUCAGGUUGGCUCAGACUGGUCUGCUGUUCAAGAACGGAAAGAAGGAAAUCACGUACGCUGACGCCGGUGUGAGUAUCGACGCCGGUAACGAGCUGGUGAACAGGAUCAAGCCGCUUUGCAAGUCGACGGUGCGUGUGGGCUGUGACGCUGAUCUCGGUGGAUUUGGCGGCAUCUUUGACCUGCAAGCUGCUGGCUACGAUAAGGACACGGCACUCGUGGCAUGUACGGAUGGUGUGGGUACCAAGUUGCGUGUGGCGCAGCUGGCCAAGAAGCACGACACUGUUGGUAUUGACCUCGUUGCCAUGUGUGUCAACGACCUCAUUGUGCAGGGCGCUGAGCCGCUGUUCUUCCUGGACUACUAUGCUACUGGCAAGCUGGAGGUGGACGAGGCUACUGAUGUGGUCAAGGGUAUCGCGGAGGGCUGUCGUCAGUCGGACUGCGGUCUUAUCGGUGGUGAGACGGCUGAAAUGCCGUCCAUGUACCACGACGGAGACUACGAUAUGGCUGGCUUCUGUGUCGGUGCUGUGCGUAAGAACGCUAUCUUGCCUUUGCCGGUCGAAGCUGGCUUUGCUGUGCUGGGUCUGACGUCGUCGGGUGUGCACUCGAACGGCUUCUCUUUAGUGCGUAAGCUCGUUGAGGUGUCGGGUCUCGCUUACAGCGACCCGUGUCCGUUUGAGGUUGGCAAGACUCUGGGUGAGAGUCUACUUACCCCCACCAAGAUCUACGUGAAGCAGUUGAUGCCUACGGUCAAGUCGAGACUCAUCAACGCGCUCGCUCACAUUACCGGCGGUGGUCUUCUGGAGAACAUCCCGCGUGUAUUGACCAAGGACUUGGCUGUGGACAUUGACUGCGCUAGCUGGCCUUUGCCUCCGGUCUUCAAGUGGCUGCAGAAGAUGGGGAACCUCUCCAACACCGAGUUGGCCCGCACCUUCAACUGCGGUAUCGGCAUGGUGCUGCUCUUGCCUGAGGCUAACGUGGCUGAGGUGACGCGCCAAGUGGAAGCUACUGGCGAGAAGGUGUAUCGUCUGGGUACGACUAUUGCACGUGCUGCGGAUGCCGAGCAGGUUGUGCUGCGUGGCACCAUGGCGUAG